AUGGCGGACGAAGUGAGCUUCAAAAAUAAUGAAGGUGAGUAUUAUAUAACUUUUUUCUGUGCUUAGAUCGGCAGAUGCCAUACAAGAGUAUCAUGAUUACUUAAUUUGAUCUGGUUCUGUUUAAAAAAUUCUGAAAUUCGGUUUUAACACUAAAAAGUUAAUGAGCCACGCUGCCCACGUGAACAUCUCAGAGUAGCACACUCGUUGUAGUACCUUGCUACACAUUGCAAACUUUGCCAAGUUUUUUGUAACAUUUUAGAGAUAAGGUAAGUCUGUGUAACCUUCUACCUUGAUUUGAUUUCAACUAUAAGGCAAAUCAGUCUCAUUUUACGCUACGUAACCGAGAUAAAAAUUGAAAGCAACCACAAUAAUAUCGGAACAAGUAAAGGAAAAAUGACGCCUGAUGCGAUACAUGAGUGCGCUUAUAGAAGAUAUCUAGUUAAAAAUUCCGCACAGCCCCAUACUACAUUAUGCAUUCAGUUCUUGGAUAGAGAAAACAAUGACAAAAACAACACAUUGCCAUUGGGAAAAUAGAUUUGUUUGACAAUAGUAUGGGGCUGUGCGGAAAUUUUACCGAUAUCUAUGAAAAUCAUAGGGAAAAGAAUUUUGAUCCUGAGCUAAGAAUUUUUCCAUACUAGCAGAUAGUGGUAGUGAAAGUGAUGACGAGUGGGAAGAGAUGGACGAAGAAGAACAAGACAGCGCUAUCGUUUGCCUGUUCUGUAACGAGUGCUUUAAAACUGCUGAAAUGGUCUGGAACCACUGUGUCUCAGCUCAUGGUUUUGAUCUGUCUAAGAUAAAGAGGACGCAUGGUAAGUUACUUUCAAGAAAUGAUCAUUUCUUUCAAUUGAAAUUUUUUAGAAGUGGAAAUUAAAAGUGAACUCAAAUGAGAAAGAUUAAAAUACAUUUGCUUGCAUUAUUGCUAGGACUAGACUUUUAUGGAUGCAUCAAGAUUAUAAAUUACAUCAGGAAGCUGGUAAUGUAUAUUUAUACUUAUUUGGAAGCUAUGGGCAUUUCAUAUCUUUCUUGCUUAAGACUGUCUAUUAAUGACAUUUUGUCACAACAGUGUUCUGCUUUUCAUAUUCAGGCAGUGAUCAAUAAAAUUUACUGCCUUUAGUAUCACAGAUACCUCUUAUUGCCUUCUAAAUUGAUAUUCUUUGAAAAUUAAACUGGUAAAAUGAUUUCAGUACUUCUUUGCUCUUGUGGGUACCUUUCAUGCUUAAACUGUUACAAGACCUGUGACCUGUCUUGUACAUGUAUCUUAAAUUAAGUUUAACAUUUUAUGAACAAUUCAUGGAAUUAUAUGAAACAUGGAUCAUCUGACUGUGCCUUACAGCUUUUUCUGUUGUUUUCCAUUGUUCACAUCAUUUUGCAUACAAUCCUGAUAUGGAGAUUUUUGUCUGUACAAUGUUUUCAAUAAAAUCAGAGUAGGAUAAGCUUGUUACUGUUUGAGAUCAUAGUAGAAUGACAAACUUCCAAUGACUACCCCUUUUCUCUCUCUCUCUCUCUUUCUCUCUCUCUGUUAGCUCAAUUAUUGUGGAUACAUGUACUUUAAUAAUUAUGCAUAUUUAUUUUAAAUUUUUAUUUUCUUGAGAAACCUUCCCCUGAAAGUUUUGAAAAUGUUGCUCUUCCUUUGCCAUGGGAAAGUGAUGAAUUUUUACAGCCAGCUCUCCCUAAUGAUGAACUUCUUCAAUAUGGUAUGCCAGAGAUACAAUCUUUUUAGCUAAAACUACAUAUUUCAAGUCAGUCUGCUAGAUGAUGCAAGUUAAUCAGUUGUGUACCCUCAGCCAGCAGCCAUCAACAUGUAGACAACCCAGCCAACAAACUUUUCUGUCAUUUGGCCAAUCAGUCAGUUGGUGGUUUAAUCAGUCAAUCAGCAAGUGUUGGCACAUUCAAUCCUUAAAUUAAUUGAUAAUCUGAAACACUCACUGUAGAGAUCCCAACUCCUGUAAUCUGUUAUCAGUAAUCUGGAGAUAAAAUGUUUUUGAUGACAUCCUCUUCCUUGUCUCUAUUCACAAACCAAAGCCACUAAAAUGGACUUUAACAUAAGAUGUAAUCCAAUGUGGAAGAAGAGAAAAAAAUUACAAAAAUACAAGCAUCCUUGAUUAUGAAAUUUUCCAAAAGAGGAGAUCCUAUCUUUAAUUUUGUUGAUUUUCCCUCUUUUGUAGAAAAACUAAAGCAAUAAACAUAGUUAAUUAAAUAAGAAAGCUGAGUUAAGGGUAUUGCAGCCUAGAAGAUUUCUUUGUAUUGGUGGAUAAUUAACAACUAUUCACCAAAGUGGAGGUGAAUUGUGGUGGAUACUUACCAAGCUGCAAAGAGGUGAAGUAAAUUUCUGCCACUUUCCCCACCUCCAAGGUGAAUAAUAUUAUUGUUUAAGUACAAACCACACAGAUACAAAAAAAUUAGUUCAUUUCUUUCAAUAUUCUGAAAAAUUGUCACAAAUUAAACUCUUGAUGCACAAUUGUGUUUCUUUGCUGCUUGGAGGUGACUACAGUUGCAGUACUUGCUAUUCUAUUCUGGUGUGUGGUUUAUACUUCUAUUGGAUAAAUACAUGUAGGGUCCAUAGCGGCCAUACAUGAUAGUGAGCUGGGAUCCCCUCAUUAAAGGUGUAAUAUAAACAUUGUAUUACUGUGAUUGAAGAUGUUACGAGUUAACCUUCAGCUGUUUUUGAAAUGCACAGUAGGUUUACUUAAUUUUUCAUAGUGAAACAUUUUUUGUUAAAUUUGUAGAUUUUGAUGAUGACUCUGAUGUUGAAGUUGACAGUAAUGCUGAUGCAGCUAACCACCAAGAAGGUACUGCCCCAACUAAGUUACCAUCAAUACACCACUGAUACAAACAUUUAGACUCACAGUUAUUUAACUAUUCAUGUUGGAAACAUUAAAUGUUGCAACAUGAAUAAUUAUAACAAAAGUUAGUGUAAUAAUUCUUGCACUAAUAAAAAUGAUUGUCAUGAUGAUAAUGAUGAUGAAAGUGGCAAUAUAAACAGAAUUCAUUCGUCAAGGAAAAAUUCUUAUCCACUAGUGUGCAUGAAUUUUGUAAUUUUGUAUUCAAGAAUCAAGAGAAAGUUAUCUUAUCUCAGUUCUUAGGAAAAGUCACUCCCUUUUAAAAUUGCUUUACAACUUUUUUUAGGAAAGGCUUGGGAAUAAGGAAAGACAUAAUUAAACACCAAUUCAGUUUGAAAAGUAUGAAUUAUGAAGGAAGGAUUCCUACCUUUUUUGGUCUUAAUAUGCAUGAACAAAGUAAUAGCCUUUCCUUAUCAAUGUUCUCAACAAUAACUGAAAUUUAUUUUAAUUUUUUUCUAACAUGCAGCCAGUGUACCUUAUUCAAAAUAUCUGGAGAUAAAACAAAGGUAACUAAUUUUACUGGUGCUGAUGAUUUCACUAAGUAUAUACAGUGUUCUUCAUUAUUUUGAGCUCAAGAGGUAUAAUAAGUUUCAAAUCAGUAGAGCAAUCCUUUUAGCUGUUGAAUUUCAAGAAAAUGUUAAGUGAUUUAAGGCAGUAAUAAGAGGAACUACAGGUGGUAAAAUUGAAGGGUUACUGCCUGAAAAGGAGAACAACAUAUAGACUGAGUUGUUUCUAUUUAUUUCUAUAACUGACCACUCUUACCUUAUACUUAAAUGUUUCAAAUUAAUCUGCUAAGAUUGAGCCUUGCUGAAAAAGUAAGGGAGCGUCCCCAUUCACCGGGUUGUAUUUUUGCUUAGACACUGGCACAGUAUGUUAGGAUCUAUAUAUUGCCCUUCUGACCCCACCCCUCCCUUGAGAUAUUUCCUUUCUACACCCUAAUGAUAAUUUCAAAACGUUUUUCUAAAGCCUUGUGAUGUGCAGUUUAUAAUGACUUUAUAUCCUGAGACAAAAUAUGAAAUGCACAUUUACCUAUAAACCUGAAUGAAUUAGAGAAUCCCUCUUUCAAAACGUGAAACAUAUAUGUUAAUCUCUAAUUUAAGAAAUUUUCCAUUUGAGGCUUCAUCAACUGGAGAACCGUGCUUAUUGCGCUGAGGCAAAUCUGGCAAGAGCAUUGGAAGAAAUUUGCCAGCUAAGGUACAUGUAACAUCGAAAGUUAAGUCUUCUCCUUAAUACAUUCAUUGUGAGUUGAGCUGCCUGCAUACAAGUUCCAACUUUCUAGUAUUAAGGGAGGGCCAUUUAAUGAAUGGUAUUCUGGUAGUUCUUAAAUGCAGAGUCGCUUUUAAUAGGAACAUUUUGCAUGAAGGACAGUAUCGUAAGGGUAUUGGAUUAUAUUCGUUCCUCACUCCAGCUUGUGGAAGCUGAUCAGACAUAAUGUCUUACUGUGCCCAUCUUUUGUUGAGACUCAGUCGUAAAAAUUCACUCUGAUUGUUUCAUACACGUUUCUUACACUAACAUACAGCCUUUGGCUUGACUGUUUUUUUCAUAAAAAGUUCCUUUUCUAUUUAGUUUGUGCAUGUUAUUUUCGCUCUCACGCGUAUACAUAAGUAAUGUUGCAGUUUUAUAUUUCGCAUCUAACAAGUAAGAGCUUUCAAAGAAAACAAACAAUAAUAAUAAUAAUAAGGCCAAACUUUUAAUAGCUUGCGAGAGAGUCCUCGUUAUAAGUGCUUCAAUGCGUGAGUCUUUACGGCCGCGAGAAAGUUUGAGACCUUGAGGAACGCAAGCAGGGGAGAGGUGCUGGGAGAAGCACCUCAUUAUUAAUGCUAGACCCUCGGCGGACCUCUCCCCAGCCCGUCUCACAUCUUUUCGCAGGCGGAGAAACGCGCGUCCGCUAGCACUAUUAAUGAAGCCCUGCUCGCAGUUAACUCUCUACAUCCUAACAUCAUUAUGCAUAUUCUCCAUACUGUUCUCCAUACAUUUCUUAAGGUGCUGACAAGGAGAAUUUGUUCAAUUAAGAGCUUCUUUUGUAGGUGAUCAUUUCUUAUAUUCUCGUAACCUUAAUGUAUCAUUCAGAUGUGAUAUUGUAGGGAGAAAUUAGAUGCUAGUCACUAUUAGGAAUUAGGAUUAAAGUAAGCUUCUGGAUGCUUUUUUCAAAGUUACGACAUUGCCUUACAUUCCAGAUCUGUUGCACAAAAUGUUUUAUUUGAAGAUCAACCUGGUGGACAGAGUCGGUAAGUUACUUGAGAAGACUUGCGUGGUGUUCGGAUCUUUUUUAUCGUUUUCAUAAGUUUACUUUCUUUCAUUUCUCGCGAAUGUCUUUCCUAAUUGUCGAUUUCCUCUCUCUGAUGUUGUCCAAUCGUGUAGUUCCAUCGCCCGGGUGAGUGUGGUCCUUAGAAGGACUAUUGUUGGUAUUGGGCAGGAUGAUAAACUUUCGUUUCAACUCGACUAUCUCUGCUGACAAGUGCAGGGUUUCUUUACAUGUUCGAACUACGAGCAUGGAAAUGAGUGGCCGCAUUUCGCGCAACAAAAUCAAACACAUGUAAAGGUAUACCAAACGAUACUUAUUUUACUUUCUGUAAGCACUGCUUAUAUUCGUGGUCAGUAAAGUUAUCAAGUUUCGAUAAAUUACUUAUUACAUAUCCAAAGUUAGGUAAAAAUAUUUUUGCCUGUUUUUUUUUUGGUUAUACGAUUGGACAAUUCAGGUCAUAAUUUUUUCUUGUUCGAAUGGAAAGUUUAACGUCUUAGACGUUCAGAUGCCCAAAUUUCCAGCUUUAAGACAUCAUCAAGUUGACUUUUGCUUAGGGGUUUAAGAAACGUCAGUGCCACUGCUACCAACAGCAGGCUUCCUCAGGAAAACUCUCACACGGACAAUCAUACGACACGAUCAAAUGUUGCCCACGGUUCUACUUCAUUUAAUUUAACUGUAAUGUCAUUUGUUACCGGAAAUAAUUCAGAUCCAAAACGGGCUGUGCAAGCUGUGAUAAUGCCGAGGACGAUCCUUACUUCAGUUCGUACGCGCAUUUUGGUAUUCACGAAGAGAUGUUGAAGGUGAGACAGUGGAGACGAACACUAAACAGCGUAACAAACCAAGAGAGGGUUCCCUUUGCCUAGAACGACUUUGAAACUUGUCUGGUCCGCCUGGUGAGCUCAUGUUGUAGAGCACCGGACUGCCGUGUUGGAAGGUGGAGGGUUGAAGCCUCAGACCGGACCAACACUCAAUUUCUUAAAGUAACGAAGGAGAACGUGCUGCCUUUGUCAUGACAAUUCUGGAAAUGGUUAGACGUUUUAGUCUUUUCGAAUAAGGACCAAAGACCGUAAGCCAUGUCUUUUGCAUCUCACCUAUACUAGUUAGAAAUGGACGUUAAAGACCCCACGCAAGUAGGGAACGUAGCUCCCGGUGUUGUGGUCUGGCACUGUUUCAAAAUUUCCGAAAUUUCCAAAAUUGGGGACUUCUACAAAAUUUCCUUUCAAAAUUGUAAAUUGCUCAAUGCAGUCCGAUUAGAGUUCCCCGUAGAGUGUUGCGAGGUCCUUCAGAGCAUAGUAGUGUGGAUAAUGCGCUAUUUAAAAAAAUUCCACACUUAUCUUUUUGUGCAGGACACUACAAGGACAGAAAGUUACAGGGAUUUUAUACUCAACAACCCAACGAUUUUUAAAGAUAAGGUAAGCGUGCCGACAAUCUUUUCUAUUUAUAUUCAGCGGAUGCAUUCUUAAUUUCCUUUGCUGUCGAAAUGUCAUAAUUUAACUCGUUGCGUACUCUCCAAGAUUGUUUUAGAUGUUGGAUGUGGUACAGGUAUACUUUCUAUGUUCGCUGCCAAGGCCGGAGCAACUCGUGUGAUCGGAAUAGAUCAGUCAGAGAUCAUAUAUCAAGCAAUGGAUAUUGUUAGGUAACCAAUAGCCUUAUAUUGUUUUACAAUUCGUUUACCUUGCAUCGCUGUGAUACACCUGAAAAAAGUUUGUUCAUAACGAUUGUUUUAUUGAAAAGCGCAACCGAGCUCGAAAUCCGAAGCAAAGAACGCUUCAAGUGCAAAAUUUGGAGUGUCAUUUCGCAAGAUCCCAUAAUGUGUAGCAAAAAAUUUUAAUAAACCAUAAAAUAGGUAUUGGCAUGAAGAAAAAUUGUUUGAGUUGAAUGCGUAACGUUUUGUUUAGCUAUUUAAGAGCUAUUUGUUUUUAUUCUUUGGUUUAGGGAAAACGGGCUGGAAAAUGUUAUUACGUUACUGAAAGGAAAAGCAGAGGAAGUUGCAUUGCCAAUAGACAAGGUAAGGCGAAAACAAACGGACCAAGCAGGGGUUUCAGUAACUUUUUCCAUAACCGGUUGCCGAUGUUAUAAUUAGCGGCCGUGUCGGGGAAAGUAGCUGUAUGGUAAAAUCCAAACACCAGAGCCUGCUCGCAGGCUCAACAGAAUGCAGUAAGAGGUUUUAUAGGCGGUGGUAGACCAGUGAUAACCGCAGUUUUUUAUUGAAAGCUUUGUCCCAGUUAGUAAGGUUUUCAAUUUUUGUUUGGUUUUUGUUAUGUUUAUUUUAUCAUUGUUAUUGUUAUUUAAGUUUGUUUUGGUUCGUUUUGCUAAUCAAGUGAUUAGGGAUCUGUUUUUUUUUGUUUGUUUUCAGGUUGAUGUUAUUAUUUCAGAGUGGAUGGUGAGUCUUACGGGUAGUUUUUUUUAUUUAUUCUAACAAAAAUUUCAAAAUGCCUUUUAUUGGAGAAAUUCGGAAACUUACCACCAAUUGUUUCCUCAGCUUAUGAUAUUUUUGAAAAUCGAUUCUAAAGGACCUUCUCAUGGAGGUUCUGUUUUUAAUGACUCAUCAUGCUUUGUCCAAAUUAAAAUCAAAAUAAUAUAACAAAAAAAAAAUUUCAAAUUCUUGCAGGGCUAUUUUCUUCUUUUCGAGUCAAUGCUUGACACAGUAUUGUUUGCAAGGGACAAAUGGCUCAAGCCAACAGGUUGCGGUAAGUUUUCAAUAGAUUUUUAAUAUAUAUUAACGCAUUCGUAAAACUGAUCAUCUCAUAGCCGUUUUUCCUUGCGCUAAGUUCUAACAAUCGUCCUCAUCGAGACCAGCUGCCUGCUGGUCGUGUGAGGACAUUAAAGAUCCAAUGUGAAAUAUUUUUUUGGCUGUGAUCGACGCGGUGGCGUAGCGGAGACGAGUGAGAAAGCUUCUGCUGAAGGAAAUGGUAAGCAAGCGCAAGCAGACGAGGCGGUUGUAGUUGUUGCUGCGUGACGCAGGAUUAUUUUUUCUUUGUGCCCUCGGUUAUGUCGCGAGCUCUAUUUUUUGCCUGCCCAAGUUUUCGUUCAUAUCCACUCACUGAGACCUUAGAACAGGUUCAUGGGGACGCUGUCUUUUUUUCUUGGGGAUCGGACUCCGCUCGCUAAGUGCUUUUUUCGCCUGUGGAGUUUUAAAGACGUUUUUUUUAGCCAGGUAGUUUAUGUUUAGCCAGGUAAUUGGCAUCUGAUCGCAUCUUGAAGUAACAGUUAUUGUAGUAGCUCGCUUCAUGUGACAGGACUCAGAACCAGCUUGCGUCAGCUACCUGUGUAGGGCCCCUUCCAAGCAAACGGUGGGACGAAAGUGGAAAGGAAUGGACACAGAGGUUUGUAUUAGACGUCUAAUGGACUAAUUUCUUACCUGUGUUAUUGUAGUUUACCCAGACCGAUGUACUUUGUGCCUGGCUGCCUUAGGAAAUAGUGGAAAAGUCGAGAAGAAACUUAGCUUUUGGGAUGACGUUUAUGGUGAGACUUUUUCUAAACAAGCCUGAGAUUCUGGUUUGUGUCAGGAUUUUGAUGAAAAAUCCCCUGGUAUAGAGUAACAGAAGCUCACACUUCUCUUUUUUAUUUGCAUCUCUUUCUUCAGGUUUUAAAAUGAGUUGUAUGAAAAAGUCUGUCUGCUCUGAACCCUCUGUGGAAACUGCGGAUCCUAGAGAUGAGAUUUCUUCUCGAUGUAAAGUCAAGGUAACGUUUGAACAAUGGAGCCCCAAAGCUUCCUUCCAUGAGAAUUCUUCCUGGCAUCAACGCCUGAAACUCCCGUAAGAGCGAUCUGGAAACGGGAGAAAGAGUAACCUUGGGAAAUAAGAUGAGGCACCCUGCCUUGCAAUAACCCGUCAAUACGGGAACCUUUUGACUAAAAAAUUUUUUGCACUCCGAACAAAUUAUCUGUCAAACUAUUUCCUAUUUUUAUAACUGAGCUCGUUAAAUGGUCUACUCCGUUUUUAAGACAAGCUUUCCACGAUCCGGCAGUUCAACAGUACUUUGUAGCAGGAAAAUUUUGCUUGUAUAAUACCUCAACUUAGUUUACCUAAUAGGGAAACUGUGCGAUUGAAGGUGGUAUUAGAAUAAUCAUAUUUUAUUUGUUUAUUUAGCCCUUCACUCCCAAGAUCUCAUUAGUAAUUCUCAUUACUUUCUGCAUACAAUUGUUAUGACGUUAGCUCGGAGAAUUUGGUUUUGGAUCAACCAGUUAUCCCCUAAUUGAAAUUUUUCUGUUAUCUCAUCACUUGUCUGCUUGACAUUGUAAGAAUAAAUUCUGUCGUGUUCACUUACGGGAGUAAAGAUGUUACGUGAUGCAGCUGUUCGUUGAACGUAACAAACCUGAAGCUUAAGUUUCUAGCAAAAAGUGCAGGGGUACAGUAUUCCUUCUAUUGCAUAAAAUAAACGAGAUCGAGAAAUGUUGUUUGUGUUCUGAAGAUAUCUCCUCUGUCCUAUCUUUAAUAGGAGCUGGACAUAACCAGUUGUAAACUAAGUGAUCUACAGUUCCAUUCAGCGUUUAGUAUUAAAAUCAGUAAAGAUGGUUAUUGUUUGGUAAGUAGUUAAUUGUUUCGUGAUAGCCCAGGACUCUCAGGCAAAUGGUGUUUUCAAUUUUUUACGCCUUUGUUAAUCUAUCUGCUUUGUUGGUGAGGAGCAUACAGGUCGGAGCCUUCGACUUCUCCUUCUCCUUCUCCUCCUCCCCUCCCCCACCACCUACCACUGUGGUCUGGGGUAUUUCUAUGGCCUGCAGUGAAUUAAGGGGUACAUUUUUGGUUUAUUCUCGUUGCGUCACAGGUUGUGACGUGGAAUAAGAAGAUGUUUCACUCUUUGCGUUCAAAUAUUGAUAGCACCGUUACAUGAACUGUUCAUUGAAGUAAGCUCUGUCUUCCUGGACUCUCAUGAAUGAUCAUUUUAUUAAUUUAAUUACAUUUAAUUUCUUUUUCAGGCCUUCAUUGCCUAUUUUGAUAUUUUCUUUGAGAAGAACUGCGAUAAAAAGGUAUGACGAGGGUUGGUUGAUUGUGUUAUAGGUUUUUUUUUUCCAAGUAACUCGUGAAAAAGAAGUGUUAAUAUAGAAAAAGGAUCGGUGUUCUAACGUACUAAAUCCGGUUGUAUCUGAUGACAAGCGAGCUAAGGCUUUUUCUAAUUCCCAUCACAGUUGAAAUUUAAAUAAAAGCGAUCUUAUUGUAAUUCAGGUCAAUUUCAGCACUAGUCCCUCGGACUCUACAACACACUGGAAACAAACUGUGUUCUAUCUUGAAAAGCCAAUCAGCGUCACCCAAGGUAACAAAAAAGACGUUUAUUUCUCUCUAACGUUUUCCACUACAGUGGGUUGUGUUUACAAGGAAAGUUAUGUUUAAUUUGUUUGUUGUAUAAAAUGUUAACCUACUAAUUAAUUUUUAUAGGGUUGAACUUAUCUUUUUAUGUCAUAAAUGUUAUCUAUUAUCUCAAGAAAUUAAAUUAUUCUAGUUCCUUUAUUUCAUUAUCUCCUAUUUUAAUGGUCUAAUUGAUAAACGAUAUCGAUAGGCCGUCAAUUAACUCUUGUGAAUUGGUAUUAGGAAAUUAGGUAUUCCAAGGUAAUUCAGCGGUACAUUUCUAAAUUUAAAUUGUUGCGUUCUGAUUAGAUCCUCUAAAGGCCAAGAAAGUACGCGCCACUCUUUCGAAAAAUCAGAUAAAAAACUAAGAUCUCGAUUACUAAUGGCAGAUAAAAAACUAAGAUCUAGAUGACUGAUGGCAGACUUUGCACUUUAUAAAUCGACGUUUACCAGACUUUACAUGGGGAAGUCAGAAGGUGGUCCAUUUUUUCUUGCACAGGUCAAGUCCUUGAAGGUUUUCUGUCCUGCACUAAAAGUGUGAAAGAUCCGCGGUCUUUGGACAUCAAGAUAGAAGUGUCAGACGAGAAAACACAGAAGCAGUUGUGCUGUCAGUCUUAUCUUCUUCAAUAAUAAAAUUCAAAUGGUUUUCAUGCAGUGUUAGUUGUUGACGGAAUUAUCAUAAUUUCAGAACUAUCAU